AUGCUCACCUUCCAGCAGGUCUAUAUGGGCUCACAGCAAUUGAUCCCAAAUAUUUAUAUCAAGCAAAUACUCUCCAGAAAAAAAAGAAGAAGAAGAAAAAGUAAAAGAAACAGAAACAGAAACAGAAGAAAAGAAAAGAAAAAUAAAGAAGAAGAAGAAGAGGAAGAGAAUGAGAAAAAUAAAGAAGUUGCAAAAACAAUAAAUAAAUUCAAACAAAAAGCAAGGGAAUCAUAUAAAACAGAAUAUAAAUUUGGAUUUGGGCCUACACUGAUAAUACUUUUGCGCGAAAUAGCGAGCCUUGCUUCUAGAUUUUGGGAGCAGCAAAAUUCUUACUUUAGGAUAACACCCAGAGAGUACGAAAGCCCAUCAGAUCCUGUAAGACGAUAUGUAACAAUAGGAGACUAUUUAGAGUCACUGCUAUUUGGUGACAGGCUGCAAACCCUUUAUAGAGGAGGGGAAGAGGCUUUAUUAAAUAUUGAUAUCUGAAACUUGCCAAUUGAUGUGUUUCAGUCUGAAUUCCAAAAUAUGCAAGAAGCUAGCAAAGCAAGGGGUGGCAAAGCAUGCAUCCUUUCUAGAGGGGAUGGACUAGCCAACUGUGCUAAAUUCGGGAGAUGUGGGAUGUCUUAUUGAACUUCACGCUCUUAA